UGUAAAGUGCUAACAGUUAUUUUUUCCUAAGAGGUAGGAUUAUGAACCUUUUGGACUUUGUGUAGCUAAUUGGUGUUUUCCAAUCGGUCUUCAUGAAUAUGUAUUACUGUGGUGAUAGUUUUUAACAGUUAAAUAGUUUUUUUUUUAACAGUUAAAUAGUUUUUAAUUUUAAAAUAACUUAAAAGAAAGUAGCAUUAAUUGUAGUGCUUCACAAGAGAAAAUGUCCCUUACCAUCAGAGGCAAUGGAGUGUCCCACCAGAACUUUUCCUGGUCACAGUUUUGCUUCGGGGCUGAGCCUUCUAGAUCUGAGCAUCCCUGCAUGAUUCUCUCCCUGACUGCCUUUCUUUUUGUGGGUGUGCGAGGAGCAAGCGUGUGUGAGACAUGAGGGAAGGCAGUCCAGCUCUCCUUGGCCACUGGGUGGUUGUACUCAGAGGACUCCUGCUGAGCUGGAAUUAAACUUGAAGUAAAGCUCACUUCUCAGCACAUAGACUAAAACAGUAGAGUAGCAUGGCCCCUGGGCAAGGCUGACCUGCAAAUUCGUGAAGUGUUCUGUAUUGUAUUUAAAAAAAAAAGGGGGGGGGAUGCCUGGGUGGCUCAGGGGUUGAGCAUUUGCCUUUGGACUGGGGCCUGUUCCUGGAGACCCAGGAUGGAGUCCCACAUUGGGCACCCUGCAUGGAGCCUGCUUCUCCCUCUUCCUGUGUCUCUGCCUCUCUCUCUAUCUCUCAUGAAUAAAUAAAUAAAAUCUUAAAAAAAAAAAAGUGAAGCAAAAGCUGGGGAAUCUCAAAAGAAAAGAUAGAGGCCACGGUGAACAGGCCACAUAGAUGGCCUGAAAGGAGCGCCAAGGAGCUGUCAAGAGCUUCAAGCAAGCAAGCAAGCAGAUGACCAUCUGGUCCAUCAUCCCAGAAACCAGCAACCACUCCAGAGAGAGAUUUUCAUAGGAGCUUUCCUCAGUCACUGUGCAUCCACCAAAAGAAAAAAGUGCUAAGUACCAAGUAUAUCUGCGUGUGUAGUCACUGGUCCUGUUGGUAAGGACUUUGAAAUGCCUUUAAGGCACCUGUGUUGCAAACUUCCUCCUCUGAAAUCUGUUUCAUCUCCACUUCUUGCAGAUGCUCAGGCACUGUUACCUUCCCCUCCUCCUUGCACCUUGUUCACUUCUCUGCCUGAAUAGCCACCACACUGUGAUCUCCUUAAUAGCUGGGUCCUUUGGUCACUGUAUCAACACAUAUACAAUCCUUGAUAACCACUAGAAACCCAACAAAUGUUGAUCUGAAUUGUUGAAGGUGGGUCUUUUCCCCACCUUUGACCCUUUCAUCAAAUACAGUAGUGGCACACAUUUCUUCUCUUUUCCUUAAGGCUUUUCUUCUCCACUCCUUUCCACGCUUCCAAGAUCUCUUUGAUUCUUAAAAGAUCAUUACAUGUUCAUGCAUCCGUUUUUCCUGGAGCUUGUGCUGCAGGUCUUAGCCCCCACUACCAUGUGCAUUAUAGGGUCUGUGGCCACCCACUUCUCCCUUUCUGGUACUUGUCUUGUUUUUGCUGUUCAAUUUGAGGAACAGGGCAUGUUAAAUAAGUUGAUUUUAGCUGAGUUUUUAAAAAGGAAUUUCCUGGGUGCCUGGGUGGUUGAGCCCAGUGGUUGAGCAUCUGCCUUAGGCUCAGGUCGUGGUCCCAGGGUCCUGGGAUCAAGUCCCACAUCGAGCUCCCCACAGGGAGUCUGCUUCUCCUUUUGCCUAUGUCUCUGCCUUUCUCUGUGUCUCUCAUGAAUAAAUAAAAUCUUCAAACUGUUUAAAAAUAAAUAAGGAAUUUUCCCUACACUAGAAGAUGUUGGUCCUAUACCAGCCCCUUUGCUUAUUGUUGAGCUGUCAUGACCAGACUGGCCCUGUGCUGGUUCGUGGUCUAGCAGUAGAGGCAGCCACUGCCUUUGGUUGACUCCUUUCUUCACUGGGCAGCUUUGCAAACGUACAGCAGGGCACAGCUUCCUUGAAGAAGUGACACUUCUGUCAAGUGAUCAAAGUUCAUUAGGAGGUGGCUGAGGGGGGACGCCUGGGUGGCUCAGCAGUUGAGCAUCUGCCUUUAGCUCGGGAUGAUCCCAGGUCCUGGGAUCAAGCCCUACAUUGGGCUCCUGCAUGGAGCCGGCUUCUCCCUCUGGCUGUGUCUCUACUUCUCUCUCUCUCAUGAGUAAAUAAACAAAAUCUUAAAAAAAAAAAAAAAGCGGCUGAGGGGAAAUGUGAUAAAAUAGCCAAGGGAACUACAUGUUUAAAAGGCCCUGAAGUGUGGAGGAUGGGACAGAUGUGGGGUGGAGAGUAUUCAUAGUCUUAGAGUGUUCAGAGUCUUAGAGACCUCACCAGCAGUGGGAUGUGGAGCUGGGUAUAGUGGUCCAGACCAGGUUGAAGGAGGAGGCAGAGAUGGAAAAAGAGCCUGGACGUAUGAUAAGGCUGCUUUAGUCAGGAAUCUUUUAGUUGCAAGUGACAAAAAUCCACCUAAGAGAAAAGGGAAGACUUGAUUGACUCAGAAGCUGAAAGUGCAGGGCUUUCCUGGUCAAAGAUGUCAUUGGGUUGUGAAUCCUCUGUCUCACGUUUGCUCUUCUUUGCAUUAGCUUCAUUCUUAGGUCGGCCUCUGUGAAAAUGGUCCUUGGAUCCCCUUUGUAACACAGAAGCCAAACCCCGCAGUGAAAGGGAGUAAGGGCCACUUACCCUUCCAAUCGUGAAAGUUGCUUUCUUUUCAGGCCCCUGGGGGAGGGCAGGAAGCUUGGCCUUUAAGGGAGUUUUCAGACGCAGAGAAGGGGACAGAUGACUGUUUCCAGACUCUGAAGUUGUUUGCUUUUUAAAAAUAGCAAACCCACAGCCCCUGUCUCUUUCUGGAAGGGCCUACAAUGCAUUUUCUUAGCUGCAUCCUGAGUCUCCCAGAGAAUCAGUAUCAUUUGGAUUAGUAAGAGCAAAGAAGGAAGACGGGAGCCCCAGAAACUCCUCCCGACUCCCCGCCGGGUCCUGACCUAAUGGUCUUCCCCGCGCUGCUGCUUCCCGCCCUUCUCAGAGUCCUCCCGGUCCCUGCCCCCACUGCAGGCUCCAGCACUCCCCCAUCCGGUGAGCUGGCUGAGCAGCAGAACGUCCCACCCAGGGACGCCCCUUUUUUUCUGGGCUCUGGCGCUUCCGCCUCCGGGGCGGAGACUCCUCCCCCUCACCGUCCGAGUUGUGUUCCCGGCAAGAGCAGCCGGAAAAGCCUCCGUCUGCUCAGGCCGGUGCUAGCAAGAAGCCUGGUCUCUCCCGCAGCCCCAUAGCCCCGGACGACCGCAGCCCCGUAGCCCCGGACCCCCGACGCCCCGCGGCCCCGCGCAGGGCCCCUCUGGCGGCGCGGGCGCGGCUUCAGCACCGCGGACAGCGCCCCGCCCGCGGCAUGGCAACGCGCUCCGGGCCCGCAGCGCUGCUGCUGGGCUUUGGCCUCCUUGGGCUGCACUCAGGAGUCUGGGGCACUGACACAGAGGAGCGGCUAGUGGAGCAUCUCCUGGAUCCUUCCCGGUACAACAAGCUCAUUCGCCCGGCCACCAAUGGCUCUGAGCUGGUGACGGUACAGCUCAUGGUGUCCCUGGCCCAGCUCAUUAGUGUGCAUGAGCGGGAGCAGAUCAUGACCACCAAUGUCUGGUUGACCCAGGAAUGGGAGGACUAUCGCCUUACCUGGAAGCCUGAGGAGUUUGACAACAUGAAGAAAGUUCGGCUCCCUUCCAAACACAUCUGGCUCCCAGACGUGGUCCUAUACAACAAUGCUGACGGCAUGUACGAGGUGUCCUUCUAUUCCAACGCCGUGGUCUCCUAUGAUGGCAGCAUCUUUUGGCUGCCGCCAGCCAUCUACAAGAGCGCAUGCAAGAUCGAAGUCAAGCACUUCCCCUUUGACCAACAGAACUGCACCAUGAAGUUCCGCUCGUGGACCUAUGAUCGGACAGAGAUCGACCUGGUGCUCAAGAGUGACGUGGCCAGCCUGGACGACUUCACCCCCAGUGGUGAGUGGGACAUCGUGGCGCUGCCCGGCAGGCGCAACGAGAACCCAGACGACUCCACCUACGUGGACAUCACGUACGACUUCAUCAUCCGGCGCAAGCCACUCUUCUACACCAUCAACCUCAUCAUCCCCUGCGUGCUUAUCACCUCGCUGGCCAUUCUGGUCUUCUACCUGCCAUCUGACUGCGGCGAGAAGAUGACACUGUGCAUCUCUGUGCUGCUGGCGCUCACCGUCUUCCUGCUGCUCAUCUCCAAGAUCGUGCCGCCCACAUCCCUAGACGUGCCGCUCGUUGGAAAGUACCUCAUGUUUACCAUGGUGCUGGUCACCUUCUCCAUCGUCACCAGCGUCUGCGUGCUCAACGUGCACCACCGCUCGCCCACCACGCACACCAUGGCGCCCUGGGUCAAGGUGAUCUUCCUGGAGAAGCUGCCCACGCUGCUCUUCAUGCAGCAGCCGCGCCACCGUUGUGCCCGCCAGCGCUUGCGCCUAAGGCGGCGGCAGCGCGAGCGCGAGGCGGGCGCCCUCCUCUUCCGAGAAGCCCCGGGGGAGUCGUACUCCAGGUCUGCGCGCGGCGGGGUGGGGACAGAUGGCUGUGGCCUCCGCUCGGCAGUGGAUGGCGUGCGCUUCAUCGCGGACCACGUGCGCAAUGAGGAUGACGACCAGAGCGUGAGUGAGGACUGGAAGUAUGUCGCCAUGGUGAUCGACCGCCUGUUCCUUUGGAUCUUUGUCUUCGUCUGUGUGUUUGGCACUAUCGGCAUGUUCCUGCAACCUCUGUUCCAGAACUAUUCCGCUGCCACCUUCCUGCACACGGACCACUCGGCCCCCAGCGCCAAGUGAGGCCCUCCCCAGCUCUCAGCUCCUCCACCCCGCUCUCCGUUGACAGUAGUUUGGGGAGAGGAGGGACAGGGAGGCUACAGGUGGGGGGUUGUGCUGCCCCCAAUCCAGCCUUCCCGCCACCUGAGCCCCUCCCAGCACACCCCCAGGCCCAACCGGCUGCUGCCCUGCCCCAGCCCCACACUAGUGCUGCUGGUCAGGCAUGGAGGCUGAGGGUGUGGAUGUGGGGCGUCCCACCCCAGGAAAGCAUGAAGGGGACACAGCCCCAGGGCCUCUGACGCGGUGCCAAACUGACAGUAUGUGGUGGGCUGACGUCAUAGUAGAUCUGAGGGACGAGCAGGAGGAGGACCCUGUGGGACUCGACUCGGCCCCUUCCUAAGGACUUGGCCUCUGGGCUGUGGUCAGACCCCUAGGGGGCCUCCGAGGCCCCUCAGCCCCUUGCUUCCAUGGGCUCUGGAGCCUAGCCCCAGGUCCUGCACCCUGUCCCUGCAUGUCCCCCCACUUCCUUUCUUGCUCAAACUGGGCUGGGCAGCAAAGGAGCCCCUGGUUCCAUGUCUUCCGGUGACCUGCGCAGAGCCCACCCAGGUCCUUGCAACUCUGCACAACAUGCGAACUCACGGUUGUCCCUCCCUGCAGGAACUGCCCGGGUGGCAGGGGUCAGUCAAGUAAUGCUGUUAGCUCUAAGCAGCCCCAGCCUUUCUGCCUGCAGCGCUGCCCACCCUCCCCACCAGCCGGGGUGAAGCAGAUCCUCCUUGCUGUCAUUGGCUCCUCAGGAAGCACGGCGUCUGCUUCUGUCCUGUGGGCUUAGGAGGCUGUGUCUUGACCCUGCUCCCGGCGACUAGCUGGGGACCACCUGGCUUCUUAGCCUAGGAAACAGACCUCCUAUGGGCCUUCUGCCCCCACCCCUGACCCGUGACUGGGUCUGAUUUGGGGUCCCGCUGGUCCUCAUUGCCAGGCCAGCAGAUGGCCAGUCACAGAGGGGUCAGCGUGCCCAGUGCAGCCAAAGGGCUGGCCAAUGCAGAUCAUGCUCUCUUCGGGAUCCUGGCUGGACACAGGUUCUGUAGGCGCAGCAGCAGUGCAGGCGGCACUGACAGGCUGGGGGGACACGCAGCAUAGGCCACAGGUAGGAUAGUCUCGGUGUGGAUUUGAGUCCUGGCUCACACCUGCUCUCUCAGCCACUGGGAGCACAUCUCUGCCUUGCUUGGCCUCAGCGACCUCAUCUGUAACAUGGGGACAGCAGCGCCCCCUUUGUGAGUUGGCUGUACAGAGGGUGGGAGGUUCGUGAAGAAGCUGUCUGUACUUGGCACAGGGCGGAGCUGUGACAAGUGUGCAGUGGGCUCACCCAACUGUUUCUCUCUUCCUUGUGCAAACUGAGUCCCCUGAAGCAGGGUGGGGACCUGGGGG